CUUACAGAUUAAUAAUCUAGUAUCGUCCAGCUACUUACUUAGAAAAUGCAGAAACCCGGAUUCUGCUCCAUGGUCGAUGAAAAACAAUCGAGCACAAGACAGGUGCGAACACCAUCGGAAUUCGUUAAUUCGAUGGACUGCUGUUCAAAUACUAUGAAACACACCUCUACUUUUAAGUCCGGCGACCUGAAAAUCACUUCAAAAAGAAAAAGCAGCAAAAUGUAUUUCUGCAAAUAUUUCGUCAGUCUAAUAUAUCUGACAGUAUUUUUUUUCAACACGUCUACGGUAAAUGGACUUCCUUUUGUCCCGAGCGACAUCAAACGCCACCCCACGACAACGUUCAAUGCGGCGAUAGAAGAAACGACAACUGCACCGGGUACAACUCUGCACAGACAACAGAGAUCUAACAUUGGCUCAGAAAUGCUAUUAUUUGUGAGAGAAAGAUGUGCCCAGUCGAUAAUAGACGGAAAACACCAAGUUACAAUAAAGAUUAGCAAAGAGUCCUGCAACAAAAUCAACAAUUAUCAACCGGGAUCAUUCAGCGACGAACUUAUCACAAACGGAAUAAUAUUACAACAAUAUCGAAAUAUAUGUCGUCGACUGGUAUCGAACAUAAAUGUCCAUAUGACUUUAUCUCCGAAAGAUUUAGACUCAAUCGUUGAUCGAUCACUUUACGACUGCUGAAGCAAGUAGUUUAGUGUUGUUCAUAAUUUAAGUGUUUGCGAUUUUAGUUUUUUAACUUUUGCUCAUUCUCCCAACUUUUCUGACAUAAACGUUGUUAUGUAGCUUGAUACAAAAUGAUAUGAGAAUUUAUUUUUUGCGCAGUAGUUAGUAGUUAGAUAUGAAUCCUUCUCGUUGAGACAUCCCAUAAUUAAAAUAUUAAAGGUAAUGAUGCUAAGUCGAACAAAAUAUUCAUACUUGAAUGGUGUGUGAUUGCCCGCCACAACCGACAAAUUUCUAUCACGAAAAAACUAAUAAGAAUGCAUUGAUAAAAAAAAACAUGCAAAUUUGAUAACGACAUAUACUUAAUUAUAUUAUUGACGUAUUGAAAAAAAUCAUCAACGUGAAAUAUCACAAAUAUAAAUCGAUCCAAAUAUUUAUAUUGAUUGCUCAUAUAAAUAAUAUUAAAAAUAUUUUCCUAACUUGCCGAAAAUUUAACCCACUGUUAAACAUUUGGUUCACUGAUUGGACAUCUUGCUAAUUGAUAGGGAUUUCGCGCUUUUUACUUUUGUUUGCAUCAAUGUAUUGAUUUUGUGGUAUAUAGUUCUAGAACGAAAUAUUCGUGAUUUCACACAAUCUUAAAUAUAACGAUUUUCUGGACCCUAUUACUUGCAUCAUCAUUUGAUGAUGGCCAGGCCAAAUAAAAUUGGUUUAGUCAACAAAGACACUUUUGUUAGUUUAAGUGAGCUAGGUUGUUGAUUUAUACUAUUUUCCUAUAGGUAACUGGUAACAAAAGUCUAUGCAUUAUAGUAUUUAAUUUAUUUUAAAAAACAAAUGCUUAAUUUUCUAGUUUUGCUUUUAUUUAUUAUAUUAUUUUGUUGCAAUGGUACUUCAUAUGUCUUGACUGGUUUGUGUACCGUGUAUGAAUACAUUUAUAUAUUGCUACCUUUAACCUGUGUUUGUUUCACUGUGCAAAAAUUGAUUUUUAUGUCAUCUUAUUUAUGAAAAUUCUUUAUAUGAAUACAUUGAGUAAUCUUGAAGUAUGCGCACCAAGAUGUCGCAUAACCUGAACCCUAACCUGGUACAAAACAUGAGUUCAGGUUGUGCGCCAUCUUGGUGCGCAUACUCCAGGAGGUCCAUAAAUUGCUCCUGGUUCUUUUUAACUGAUUCAUUCGACUUGCUGCUGUCACAAGCACGCUUAUAUUUGUACUUGUUAUUUUUAUCAAUGAAUAGAUUGUUUCAAUGUUUUGCUUCUUUCUAUUAUAAAUGUGUCCUAUAGUUCCCGUCAU